AUGGCGGGCGCGGAGCCCUUCGCGGUGGUGCUGGCCGCCCUGCGCGGCUGCUACGCCGAGGCCGCCCCGCUGGAGACCUUCAUCCGGCGGCUGCGGGAGAGCGGCGCCGGGGAGGCCGAGGUGCUGCGUGGCGACGACGCCCCCUGCUACCGGACCUUCGUGGGGCAGUGCGUGGUGUGCGUCCCCCGCGGGGCCCGCGCCAUCCCCCGGCCCUUCACCUUCCAGCAGUUAUCUAGUCAGAGUGAAGUCAUCACAAGAGUUGUUCAGAGACUGUGUGAAAAAAGAAAGAAGAAUGUCCUCGCAUAUGGGUACUCCUUACUGGACGAAAACAGUUCUCAUUUCCAAAUCAUGCCGUCUUCAAAUAUAUACAGCUACCUACCCAAUACUGCAACAGAAACUAUUCGUAUCAGUGGCCUCUGGGAAACACUACUGAGCAGGAUAGGGGAUGAUGUGAUGAUGUAUUUAUUGGAACACUGUGCAAUCUUUAUGCUGGUUCCCCCUAGUAAUUGUUACCAAGUUUGUGGGCAACCAGUUUAUGAACUUAUUUCGCAUAAUGUAGACUCAUCCCCAGUGUUUGUUAAACAAAGGUUUUCAAAGCAUAAACGUAGUAGCUUGCUUGACUAUAUGCAAAAAAGGCUUGUGUUUCAUAGACAGUAUCUUUCAAAGUUGCAUUGGUGGAAAUGCAGACAAAGACUUGAAGCUAAUGUCUCCAGCAUGGGAAAUAAAAAUAACAAGAUACAAAGCUUAGUGUCCAGUUACCAGUAUUCUGCAAAAGCUGUUUCUAAAGCAAGCAAACAGAUCAGAAUGUUUACUGAACAUCUGGAAAAACAGAGUAGCUCCGGUUUAUAUUUGUCAGCUGCGGCACCAUCUUUAAAAAGGAAGCUUGAUAGGGAACAACUUGAAAUUCCAGCUAAGAGAGCAAAAGUAGAGGAGAAAGUGGGAGAGGAAAAGGCUUGUAAUCUCACUCCUGAUGUAAACCAAAGUAGUUUCAAGAGAUAUGGAACUGGGUAUGUAGAAUCACAUUCUGUACAUCUCAUUAAAAAACAACACGUUUCUCAAAGAAGUAACAGUGAUAUGUCUGGUCCUUCUUUAGUUCACACAUCUCGCAACAGGAAGAAGUUUGUGGCAGGUGAAAGCUCUUUUCUGCGAGGAGUUCAGAGUAACAAACCUUUAAAGUCCAGCACUGAAAUGCAAGCAGAAUCCCAUAGGAAAGGAGUAGAGAUGCAUACGUAUAAAUCUCAGUUGGAUUCUGUACAAAUCAAACCCAUGGAGGGUAUUUCUUCAAAAUGCAGAAGGCGGGAAAGUCCCCUAGCUCAUUUGGCAAAGAAGUUACCAAAUACGCUCUUGCGUUCUGCAGUGUACGUUGACAGGAAGUUUCUUCUGUAUUCUCGCAGGAGUUUCCAAGAAUGUUUUCCUAAGUCGUUUGUAUUGAAUCGCUUGCAGGGCUGUCAGGCAGGUGGAAGACGGCUUAUAGAAACUAUUUUCUUAAGCCAAAAUCUGUUGGAGCAAAAGCACAACCAAAGUCUGCCACAUCACAACUGGAGAAAGAAGAGGUUGCCCAAACGCUACUGGCAAAUGAGACAUACAUUUCAGAAACUGUUAAAGAACCAUGGAAAGUGCCCUUACCUAGUUCUCUUGAAAAAAAAUUGCCCUGUCUGGAUAUCUGAAACCAGUGUGAGAAAAACUGAGCUGCCUUGUCAGGCAGCCUUGCCUGGGGAAGCAGAGGUUCAUGAGCAAGCAGAACAGUUUGGGAAAGAGCCUACUAAGCGUGUGACAAGCAGCAGAUGUGAAUCUGGUCACACUGAUAUGCCAGACAACUUAUGCGCUCCUCUUGCAAAAUCUGUGUGUGGGGAGUCGCAGAGUGAGGAGCAAAACUCGGGAGAGGUGUGCGAUUCAGCCCUUGGGGAGCUCCUCAAACAGCACAGCAGCCACUGGCAGGUGUACAUCUUUGUGAGGGAGUGCCUGGAGCGGGUCAUCCCCGCUGAGCUUUGGGGUUCAAACCAUAACAAGUGCCGGUUCUUAAAAAAUGUGAAAGCAUUCAUUUCCAUGGGGAAGUUUGCUAAGCUUUCGUUGCAGGAGUUGAUGUGGAAGAUGAGAGUGAAUGACUGCAUGUGGCUUCGUCUAGUCAAAGGUGAUCACUUUGUUCCUGCCUAUGAACAUUGUUUCCGUGAAGAACUUUUGGCUAAAUUCCUAUACUGGCUGAUGGAUACCUAUGUUGUUGAGUUGCUCAGAUCAUUUUUCUAUAUCACCGAGACCAUGUUCCAGAAAAACAUGCUUUUCUACUACCGAAAGUUUAUUUGGGGCAAGUUACAGAACAUUGGAAUUAGAAACCAUUUUGCCAAAGUACAUCUACGUGCUUUGUCUUCAGAGGAGAUUGAAGCUGUCCGUCAAAAAAAAUGUGUUCCUAUGGCAUCAAAGCUCCGGUUCAUUCCCAAAGCGAAUGGGUUAAGACCCAUAGUAAAAGUGAGCGGUGUUGUUGAAGCACGCGCAUUCAGCAGGGAAAGCAGAGAAAAGAAGAUGCAUCACUACAACACUCGACUAAAAAAUCUAUUUAGUGUGUUAAAUUAUGAACGGACUAUAAACACCAGUUUUAUCGGCUCUUCAGUGUUUGGGAAAGAUGAUAUCUACAAGACAUGGAAGAAGUUUGUUACAAAGGUUCUUGAAUCAGAUAGUGAAAUUCCUCAUUUCUACUAUGUAAAGGCUGAUGUGUCCAGGGCUUAUGAUACCAUUCCUCACAAUAAACUUGUGGAAGUGAUUUCACGGAUCUUAAACCCUGAGAAAAGAACUGUCUACUGCAUACGGCGCUAUGCCGUGAUUAUGAUUACCACAAAUGGAAAAGCCAGGAGGAUCUAUAGGAGACAUGUUUCUACUUUCAAGGAUUUUAUGCCAGACAUGAAGCAGUUUGUGUCCCAGCUUCAGGAGAAUGCCUCAUUGCAAAAUGCAAUAAUAGUUGAACAGAGCUUAACUUUCAAUGAGACAAGUUCCAGCCUGUUUACUUUUUUUCUUCAAAUGAUACAUAACAACAUCCUGGAGAUUGGGAGCAGGUACUACUUACAGUGCUGUGGAAUUCCACAGGGCUCCAUUUUGUCAACCUUACUCUGCAGCUUAUGCUAUGGAGACAUGGAAAACAAAUUGCUCUGUGGAGUACAGCAGGACGGAGUCCUAAUACGUCUCAUUGAUGACUUUUUGCUGGUUACGCCACAUUUAAUGCAGGCAAGAACUUUUCUAAGGACUCUAGCAACAGGUAUUCCUGAGUAUGGCUUUUUAAUAAACCCCAAUAAGACAGUCGUGAAUUUUCCUGUUGAUGAUAUCCCAGGAUGUUCCAAAUUUAAACAGCUGCCAGAUUGUCGUUUGAUCCCGUGGUGUGGUUUAUUAUUAGAUAUACAAACACUUGAGGUUUACUGCGAUUACUCCAGUUAUACCUGUACUUCUAUCAGAUCAAGUCUUUCCUUCAAUUCAAGUAGAACAGCUGGGAAAAACAUGAAAUACAAAUUGAUUACAGUCCUCAAACUGAAAUGCCAUCGUUUAUUUCUUGAUUUACAGAUCAACAGCCUUAGAACAGUUUUCAUUAACAUCUACAAGAUAUUUUUACUUCAGGCUUACAGGUUCCACGCCUGUGUUCUCCAGCUUCCAUUCAACCAGCAAGUUAGAAACAAUCCUUAUUUCUUCCUAAGGAUCAUCUCUGAGACAGCAUCAUGCUGCUAUGCUAUCCUGAAAGCAAAAAAUGCAGGGCUUGCUUUAGGUAACAGAGGUGCAUCUGGUGUGUUCCCUUCUGAGGCAGCAGAAUGGCUCUGCUACCAUGCCUUCACUCUGAAACUGGCAAACCACAAAGUUGUUUACAAAUGCCUGCUUAAGCCCCUAAAAAUCUGUAAGAUGCAGCUAUCCAGGAAGAUCCCAAAGGAUACUAUGGCACUACUGAAUACAGUGACAGAACCAUCUCUUUGUCAAGAUUUCAAAGCUAUCCUGGACUAACUGAUGGAAAAAUUAUGAAGUAAACUUCAAGGUUUGAAAAUAAAUGCUAUGUCUUUAGUUGACUUUUCUCUGUAGUUUAUUUUGGUAGAGCGGACCGGAAGCAACUUCACUCAGAAGUUUUCCAUGUUUGUUUCUCAGAUACCACACAAGGACUUAAAAAGAGCAGACAAUUUUGUUAAUACCUUCUUGUUUGUGUUUACCUGUAAAUUCACAGGCUCUUUGAAGUAAUUGACUUGGUUUCGUUUAGUAAUUCCUAUCUUCUUGAUGAAGGCAUCAUUAAACUAUGUUCUGUAUGAACAGAUGUGCUUUCUUGUUUCAAUGUGUUGUUUCUGAAGAACUGUUCUUUGCUCCUCUGUGUUGCAGACUAUUUUAUAAUAAAUUGUCUGGUUAAUUGCAAUAACACGUACUUAUCUCCAAUGCCUUUAUUUUUUAGUAAUCUUUAACAUCCUGCCCAGCUAGGUUAUGUGCUGAAAGACAGUUACCUGCACAGGCAAGUGCAUUUCAUGGCACUACCUAGCAAGAUGUACAGGUUAGAAAUUUUAUGCUUUGGAGAACACAACUAACAUAUGCCAAAAUUUCAGCAUCAAAGCUGGUUAUGUUUAGUGUACGUUUUACAUAUUUUGAAUACUUGGUGAUAUUUUUAGUACAGUGAUAUACAGAAUGAUGGUGGUGCA